AUGGAUUCCCAAAACUCUAUAUCAGAACGCCAUGGAAGACGACGUCCGCCAUCUGUCUUCGAUGCUCUGAUGUCUCUCUCCCCACCCUCGCCCAUCCUGAGCGCGUAUUCCCCGACGACAUGCUCUUCUGAGGAAGUUCCAGUGCUGCUUUUUAGUUCAUCGCCUUCCGACUGGGACAUAAUGGACGCCGACAACUCGAACUAUCGCUCAAGCAUACAAAGCCUGAGUAUCCCGUGUAGUGGAAGCACUGAUACCAUAGGGACCAUUGGAACCGUUGGGACAUUUGGACAGUCUCAAAGGGGAUCCUCAGCUCAAAGUAAAAGAACUUCGGCGCUCUGUUUAGACAUCAAGGACGACGUUACCGGUACUGGUACAGACGACGAAGAAUCACCAGAGGAAGAUCUCAAGAUGCGCGAAAUUCUCUAUGGUUACGAAGGACACGCUACUCAAGGAUCGUCAUCAAGCUUGACCCCCCACAACUCUCAAAACAUGAACGAACCUCACACCACCUCAGUGUUCUCGGAAUCGUGCACAACUUACGUGUCUCCACCUUCACCUUCCCCAUCUGUCUACUCAACUCUAUCGUGCUCCUCGGCGCCUGAUUCUCGCCUCAGAUCACAGGUUCUGCUUGAAACGCGCCCAAUCAGCUACUCUGACUAUGCCGGUGUUCUUCACUCAUCUACUUCCGCUAUCCUACCCCUAGAAUCUUGUACCUCCGCCAUCAGGACAUCUACUUUUUCCAAUCGAACUGUAGCCAGCACUCCCAGCACGCCUUCCUUUCAAGCAUCUGAACACAGUGACACAUUAGGUCAACCUUCAAGGCAGCUUCCGAAGAGUCUCGACUGGCUUAGAGAUAUUGUGGUUGAAAUGCUGAUAGACCAAGAGGGAUUCCGCUCAGUAGCUCCCAGAUUCAGAUUCGCAGGAUAUUCCAACAAUUCACAUCCUUUGGGAGACGGUCUACCGAGAGAAGUGCCGGGGGGCAUUGCCGAGUUUGUACCCGUAUCACGACAGACAUUCGAUUUUCAUUACGCGCCGUUUGAAGGGCAGCCGGUACUCAGGCGUUUAACUACAAACGGGGAAGCGCGAGAUUACAUUUCUCGACAGGCCACAUUGAGCAUUAAAUCCAACGGUGUCUACACCGUCAACGGUUCUGAACCUUCGGCAUUCCUUACUCCCCAGGGCAAAAAGGCGAGUCGCGGUCGAGAUGGGGGGGAUACCAAACUGCGUUGGAAACUUGACUACUUUGUCGAUGAUAAGCGAGGAGUAAGGGCGCUGGAAGGAGAAAAGACUUUCACGCCGCUCAUGUUCUUCUGUUCUCCGCUCUUACUUCAUCCUUUACGAGGCAAAAAAAUCAGGUUUAUGCAUGUUGUCAAGAAGAGUGUGGUUAUGAAGCUGGUCGCAGAAAGGAUGGAACUUCCCAAUCUUUUAUCUUCUCCCAGGUUAUCGCCAAGUCUUCCCAACCCUUCUCUACACCAUCAGAAGGAAACUGACAAUACGGCCAACAAUGACACUGCUGCUCAUGAUUGCAAAGCCGAUCAACAUCCAUUCCACCCUCGUAUACCUUUCGCUCAAAUGCUCAUCAAUGACGAGUUGAAGCCUUCUCGGUUUCGCAGGCGUAGGGCUUCUUCUGGCGGAGAAGAUACAUCACGCUUCGAGAGUCAGGGACAGUUCAAAUUAAGGCCUGUCUCUGGUGGCGGUCUAAAGCAGUAUCAGCACAUAUUGCCUCCUUCCAAACUAUCGGAAAUGUUGGAUGACAUGGAAAAUACAGUGCCAGUCGAAAACAUGCACGGUUUAACACCUCCACUUCGCAACUUCCGCAAACGCAUCUAG